CCACAUCUGGACACGCUUCUCAACGGGGACAAACUUCAACUCUGCGCAGAAAGAAAAAAAAAAAGAAAGAAAAAAACAAACACUGCAGGCGUUUCUGCGAGCUGCGCGUCCGUCAGGGUGAACCCGGGCUUCUCUCUUGAUAGUAAGUAAGAGAUUCUCGAAGUCAACUUGGCGUCUCCGCGUUUCCCCCUCUGAGCUCUCUCACAUGAGCAUCGGUAAACAGAGCUGGUUUGGGGACUUUCAUACAUUCAGUCGCCGGGGUUAGAGCCGCCGCGCUACAUUAUCCACACAGCGGUUUUCUUGUCUUUUUCUGGAUUUCACCCGAACGCCACAUUUCCACGUUAUGUUUUUUUCAGGAUGCGUAAAAGCGCAGGCGUACGCGAGGGAAGCGAGGUGCGGCUGUGAACUUGGUCGAGUUUGAUUCAAGCCCCCCUCCCAAAAAAAAAAAAGGAAAAAAGAAAAAGGAAACAUUUAUGAAAAAGUUGAAGAUUCUAGAUUUUUGAACGUCCGCUGCCUUCACCGCUUUCACGGCCGCGUUGAUGGUGACAUGAGUCAGAGAGGGUGCUCAAAUUGUGAAGUCCUAAAACACAGCGACUGGUGAUGGAGCGAUACAUCUCGCGGCUUAUUUUUAAUUUUCUUUUUAGUCCAACACUGAUCUAACAUUUUUAGGAAAAAAAAAAAAAAAAAGAAAGAAAGAAAACAGAGAAGGAGGGGAACUGGGACAAGCCAGAAGGCGCACAGCUCCAUACUGAAGUGUUUAAGUUAGUCUGAGGGGAAAUUUAAAAGACCUAAAAAUACAGCGUUGGUUUCUUCCCCCCUCUACAAAGAAUCAUUUGAACUUCCCACCGCAGAGCGAGAGCGACAUAAAUAGUUCUGACAUGUGGAUGUAAUUUCAGAAGAGGGGGAAAAAAAAGACAGAUGCGGGGAGACAGAGAGAGCGGGCUGAGCCUGGGCAUAUAGCAGAUUAUAGGAAAUUAAAUCGAGGGCAGAGCGAGGCGAUUACAGAGUUAUGAUUUCACGAGCCCCCAUCAGCAUCGAGAGGCCAGAUGGAGUGAAAAGACACAGCAAACUCCACUUUGAACAGAGUUAAGUAGCUUCAGUAGUUUCACCCGAGCAUCACCAGCGUCUGUUCGAGCCCCCCCCACCCCACCCCUCCAGCAAGGACUCUCGGAAGGUCUGUGCUGCCUCAGGUCAGGGAUGGGAUCCGCUCUGCUGCUCCACAAUCUGGACUUUCUGCUCGUCUCGCUACUCAGCAGUUUGUAUCUGGUUUAUGCAGAUGAUGUGCUCACAAAAGAAGAACAGAUAGGCCUGUUGUUCAGAGCCAAACGGAAGUGUGAGGGGAACAUCAAGUCUAAGCACAAGAUUCCUGAUGGUUUCUGCUCGCCAGAAUGGGACGGCAUUGUUUGCUGGCCUGAAGGGCCUCCGGGGAAGCUCGUGUCCACCGCCUGUCCAGAGUAUAUCUACGACUUCAACCAUAAAGGACUAGCGUACCGUCGGUGUGACAACAAUGGAACAUGGGAGCAGGCCUCGAUCAACAAGACAUGGGCUAAUUAUAACGAAUGUGCAAAAUUCCUCUACCAUUACAACCAUAGCCACGAAAAGGAGGUCUUUCACCGACUAUAUCUCAUCUACACAGUGGGAUACUCCAUCUCUCUGGGAUCACUCAUGGUGGCUGUCCUCAUCUUGGGAUACUUCCGACGAUUGCACUGCACCAGGAACUACAUCCACAUGCACCUAUUUGUGUCCUACAUGCUCAGAGCUAUAAGUAUUUUCGUGAAGGAUGUUGUGCUCUACUCUGGAUCAGCCUUGGAGAACAUGGAAAGAGUCACGGUGGAAGACCUCAAAUCCAUCACUGAAGCACCGCCAGCCAACAAAACACAGUUUAUCGGCUGCAAGGUUGUGGUGACCCUGUUCAUGUACUUUCUGGCAACAAAUUACUACUGGAUCCUCGUGGAGGGUCUGUACCUCCACAGCCUCAUCUUCAUGACUUUCUUCUCGGACAGAAAGUAUCUAUGGGGAUUCACUCUGAUUGGAUGGGGAGUACCGGCUAUGUUUGUGACAGUUUGGGCAACUGUGAGAGCCACAUUUGCAGACACAGAGUGUUGGGACUUGAGCGCCGGCAAUUUGAAAUGGAUAUAUCAGGUGCCUAUCCUGGCAGCUGUUGUGGUUAAUUUUAUGUUAUUUCUGAACAUCAUCAGAGUCUUGGCAACUAAACUACGAGAAACAAACGCUGGAAGGUGUGACACAAGGCAGCAGUACAGAAAACUGUUGAAGUCCACAUUGGUGCUGAUGCCACUCUUUGGUGUCCACUACAUCAUAUUCAAUGCCAUGCCGUACACAGAGGUGUCUGGAAUUCCCUGGCUGAUCCAGAUGCACUAUGAGAUGCUGUUCAACUCCUUCCAGGGAUUCUUAGUGGCGAUUAUAUACUGCUUCUGCAAUGGAGAGGUGCAAGCUGAGAUUAAAAAGUCCUGGAGCAGGAGAACUCUGGCCCUGGACUUCAAGAGAAAAGCUCGUAGCGGCAGCAACACUUACAGCUAUGGACCUAUGGUGUCGCACACCAGUGUCACCAACGUCACUGCCAGAGGACCGCUGGCCCUCCACCUCACCACGAGGCUGGGACCGGUGCCUGUGAACGGGCACCGGAACCUGCCCGGCUACGUGAAGAACGGCUCUGUCUCAGAGAACUCGAUUCCCUCGUCGGGACAGGAGCUCCACAUCCCAGACGAGGAGCAUUCGGCUCACACGCGGCCCUGCGAGGACGAGAAACCCUCACCGGUGGUGGAGGAGGAGAGGGAGACAGUCAUGUGAUCUCCAGGACCGCUCUGCAAAACAGUCUCAGGAUGGUCUGAAGGGGAAUGGUCGCAUGCAUCAACACUGCCAGUUUUUCCUCCUGUGAAUUGAGCCAGAACACUGCCGACUGACGAGGCUCAAGGCUAAAAGGGUGAAUAUCUCAUGUGAGCUGGGCCCCCUUUAUUUGGGGGAUGAUGACCCUCAUCGUUGCAGCAACUCAUUGCAACUCUUUCACCAACCACCUGCCACAGUGAAUGUGCAAAAAGGUUAAAAAAAAAAAAAACAGACUGCCAUUUCUUAUUUCUUUUCCACUGCCAUAUCUGUUGUUAUCUUGUUUUCUGAUUGCUCUUUUUAGCUCAGCUUUUGUGCAUAAAUUAAACUGGAGUUUGUUACAGUAGUAGCCAGGAACAGCCUUAAUCACCGAUGUAAAGCCAGGUGGGUUUUUAUUGGCACUUAUAGGGGCAAUUUCAUCGGCAAGUUUUCGUCUUAAAAACAGUAAUGCUCCUCCUCCGAGGCGUCUGUUCAUGCUUUCCGGCAUGGUUUCUCAUUUGUUCUGCAUUGACCUAAAUCCACUUCAGUGUAAAAGGGAAGGUACUCAGGUAAUUGAAGUCCUCUGUUGUUGCACACCUAUUUUUAUACUUUUGAAAGUGGUGUUUUAGCCUGGUCAGCAUUUUUUCUGAGGAUGUUGGUAAGUUGUUAACGUUAAAUCAUCGUUGUUGUUUUUUUGUUUUGUUUUUUUCCAAAAAUGUUGUACAGCUGUUUAGAAAAAACCUAGCAUCCAUCUCUCCUAAUCACGGCAGACGUGGAAGCCUGCAAAUGAAUGUUUCAUAUUCAAAUUUUCCCCCAAAAUACCUUGCGACACACACACACAUGCACACACACACACACACACACACACACACACACGCACACACACAACAUGAUGCCAAAGUAAGAAUAUGUCUUUGAAGACUGUCUCUCUCUCUCUCUCUCUCUCUCUCUCUCUCUCUCUCUCUCUCUCUCUCUCUCUCUCUCUCUCUCUCUCUUGCUCUGGGUUCAGUGUAAGGUAAAACAGAACUAGUUAUGGAAAUCUGACAAAUGAGAAAAAAAAAAUGGUAUAAUGUGUUCGUACAUGAUUUUCAAAAAGCAAGAGAGACCCCAUUUAAAAACACAGGGUGCAGGAAAUGGUCGUAUAUUCCAGUGGAAUGUUAAUUAAAAGAGGAACCCAAGAAAAUCUCAAAUUCCUCUGGAAUUCCAAGAGUGACAUUCAUGGUGGAUAUGAAGGAAAACCCCAGAAAUGAAUAACACGCAGUAAAUUUGACAGACGGUCCAGUGUUAUGCUGCUUUUUGAUGUAUAUAUAUAUAUAUGUAUAUAUAUACAAGUCAAAAUGUUUACAAAGAUCAGAAAUACAUUCUAAUUGUGAGCUAAUAGUGUUCAUGUGUAUGGUUAUAAAGCUAUGUUUCAGUGUACUUUUUUUUUUUUUCCCAUGUGGUUGUUUACGGAAUGUUUGCAAUAUUUGAUUCUGUACAUAGUCCCAAACAAAACUGGUGAAUAUAUUUACAGGUGACAGAGGGCAUUCAAAUGAGCAUUUAAUGAAGCAUUCCACAAUAUAUAUUUCCAACUCUGUAACCUGUUAUUUACUGCACUUGACCUGCAUGGGUUGCAGGUUAGGUCACGUUACCUAUAAUACCAAAGAGAGAAGGCACGAUGGUGCUGCCGGAGAGAAGAUUAUUUUGCAGUGUUUCUUUGUAUUUUAAUCCACCGUCUUGUAUACAGUGACCAGAAAGUCUUAAAGUUGCAGCAAAAUCUCCCUUCAAAGGAAUAAGUGUUUGCUACUGAUCGUAGGUUUAGAAGAAAAAAAAAAAAGAGCAGAUAGAUAAAAGCGCCCACACAGAUUUGAGUUUCUUCAUAAAUACUCGGUUUCAUGCAAAACAGAAAGUGAAGCGAAUGAGAAAACCAUUCCGCCUCUCAGUGGCUUGGUAACGAUGAGCUGGGACCAUUAAUAUUAAAGGCAGUUUUGUUGCUCUUAGUCCUCCACUUGUAUUUUUUUACUUCACUUGGUCUCAGGAGCUGAAUUAGUGGCUGUUUGGUUUGGACUCAUAUGUCUGCUGGAGUUGUGAUCGGGAUCAGAUUCAGUUAAGUGGAGUUUUACCUCACAUUAAUUUGAGCUAAUAUGUGACCGAAGCUAAUAUUUGCUCUUUUACGCACGUGGCAUUUUUAUAUAUUCUUUUCAUCCUACAGUCGUGACCAACGUUUGUCGGCAAGCUCUCUCGUCCCUUUUGCCGUCGUGUUCUUUUGGUGACCUCACACUGACUGAAUCACUCCUCCCCAAUCCCCUGAUUCCCAGUUUAGGUCCACCUGAUGCUCGGGGUGUGAGUUUUCAUAUUUGACUCAUAUUUGAAAGGUCAAAGCCUCGUCUGUUCCAGUUUUUACUGCCUGCAUCUGACCGAUUCAGAUUACACUUGGAUGAAUCUGAAUCUCAGUGGUUUACCAUCAAGCAGAUUUUUAAAUUAUUCACUUUGUCAACAAAUCCUGUGAAAAGACCAAAACCAUCAACGAAUAGACUUUAAGCAUUUAAUAAGCUUAUUCCUAUGAGACAAAGAUCUCAAAUCAAAAGCACAUUAAGAGGACACACUGUGAUAGUGGGUGAUAUUUUGUGCACGGGAGCUGAUUCAGUCCCGCAAACAUAAAAAAAAAAAAAAGCAUAAAUACUUAUUAGCUCAUGUUUGGGUAAUUUGCUAACGUACCCUGCUGCUUCUGGAAAUGAUGAUGUUUUGGUUUUUUAAAACAUAAUAGAUUAAAUGAAAUGUCUGUAUCUUGUUUUUAAAUAGUUGGAGACAAAGAAACGAAGACAUGUUAGGAGAGUAUUCAGAGAUCAGGCUAAAACAUUUUCAUGGCGCUGCUCGGCAAUCAGAAAAAUAUAGAAGAGCCCAACCAAGCAGUAUGCGUUGAAUAUUCAACAGCACUCAUUUGAGGCGGAUAGUUUUCGUACUGUUUAUGACAGCAGGUCUGACAAUGUAGCUUAUUGCAAGUCGAGCCCACAAAACGAAAAAGUGCAUCACCAUGACACCAAAUGUGUAAUCAUCCGCAGCUGAAAAUAGUCCCCAACAAAUCUGUGAUUUCCCAUUGCUCAGCUCACAUUUGCUAAACGCUACAUUGCCCUGAUUCUUCGGGAAAUUAUGCAAUUAAUUAUUCAUAUUUUAUAUAUCUGUAACUAUUUUUUUCAAAGAAUUGGAAACAGAGAUGGCAGGAAAGUACUUGACAUUGAUGGUUUUGGUCUUUUCAUGGCAUCACUCGGCAAUAACCUUGUAAUUGUAAUAUCGGCAGCAGUCAUUUUAGCAAGACGGCUUCCAGUUGUUUUUCACAGGCAGCCUGACACCCGUACAUUUUGGACAUUUUGAAUCAACUUGGAAAAGUUUCAUGGGCAUCAGGGGUCAGUUUUUGCUUUUUGCAACUCCGGGGUUGAGUGGAUUGAGUACAACAUUGAUUGCCGCCGGCUGCAGACUUGCAGUGAUAGGAACUGGAAAAAAAGACUUAGGUUGAGGGAAACAUAGUCACUUGAUAAUACGAGUAUCUCAGUGCCGCAUCAGAUUUUUUUUUUUUCCAUCUUGAAUCGGCUUCUGUCUGCUUGUAUUUAUUGCGUUUUCUCACCAUUCUCUGGAAGCUCAAUUGUAAAUUUGUACCCCGUUAAUGAGUGCAGUUGUAGUUCAUACAAUAUUUUCAAAUGGAGUUGACGCUCUUCAUGUUCAGUCUGGCUCUCCGCGACCUGCCACUGGGCAAGUAAACAUAUGUUACUGUUGUGUAAUCCAGACAGCCUU